CAAACAAAUAUUCAAUUACAUCGAAAUGACAAUUAUGAACCAUUCCGCGCGCCAUAGAUUGGGUUUCGCUUCUCCAUCUUUGUUCUCCAUGGCCACGAAAGCUUUUACUUAUCAUGAUCAGUAUUGUAUAAAAAUGUGAAUCAAAAAUCUAUGUACGUGCUACUAAAUUACUUUUCAAUCACGCACUUUCGUCAAAAGCAGGCAACAAAGACCAAUAAAAACCCCGGAUAAAAGCCUACAGAUAAAAGAAGUGUACAGUUGUCAAUCUACAUCUUUGGCUGUACUACAACCAUGAGUUUUUUUGCAGUGAAGAAACCAUACCAAUUUCUAAUCUUGGUUUCGUUUGGCGUAGUCUCCUUGAUGUGUUUUCUGUACGCCUCGCAUCGUCACAAGCCCAGAUUCCAAGAAAUUUCCAUGACGUUUGUUUUCGCAGAAGAAUCACCAGUGAAGGAUAACACAACCCAUUACAAACCAACAUCGACUUUAUACGCGAAGGAUGAGGRUAUCUACUUCGCCCAUUUCGUUGGGGAUAACAACUCUAGUAUCAAACGUCCCCUCCCUGCUCCUCGAAGUCACGUGACAUUAUCUAGUAGCGACGUUAUCAGGCUAUUCGUACGGGAUAUUGGGUGCGCAAGGAUUGGGGACAAGCAUGGCCUUAUUUAUCAAUAUCUAAAAAUUGUAGUCAUUUGUUUCGACAAAAACCGAGAAAUGUUGUGCCAUAAAUGGACUUGGGAUCCUGCGAACUGGACAUUGGUUUUGUCGGAGAAAGAGGAACUUUUUAAUGUCCGCGGUCCUUACCGAAUCUGCGUCUUCCCACGCGCCACAGAAAGAGUCGAUAAAAUUGUCUAUCCAAAUGGAGCGGAAGAGCUGCCAGGCUGUACGAAGGAUAAGUCACCCUGUUCAUUCACGGAGCCUUAUUUCGACAAGGUACUCAACAUGCGCAUAAAUUGGAGUCCAUGCUGUCGACGAAUAAUGAUCGACAUGCUAAGCGCAGCACACGAUGUCUUUGAGUAUCACAAAGUUCGCUAUGUACUUGUGGGAGGCGCAGUUAUCUCCGUCGCGCGAGAGGAUGGGAAUCUUAUUCCUUAUGACACCGAUCUGGACCUCRUCAUUGAUAAGAGAGAUCGCGCGAAGUUCAACAAUCAAACAGCCGAAGACAUGGGCGCACUUGGGUAUUAUUAUGAAUAUCGUCAACAUGGUAGCUACGUACGGAUAUGCGCAAAUCGAAUCUGCGAUGCACACAUAGAUAUAUGGUUCUACGAAAACGAUCCGAGAGAUAGACACAUGAUUAAGUACUAUAAGAUGUGGUUUUGGACGAUACGAGAGGAACAUUUAUUUCCAACUACCUUGAUUACCUUCGAGGGAAAGAAAUACCGCUUUCCCAGGAAAAUUUUGAAAUAUCUGCAACAUGAAUACUCAACGGGGUUAAUGGCGGGCUAUCAUAACUGGAAUCAAGUCUUGUUGUGUAAUUUUAAGCGGGGGCGAAAAUGCACUUUCUACUCAUAGUGCGUAGACGAGAGAAUGUCUCUUGAUAUACACUAUCAGUCAUAACAGUACUUCAGAGAUUUGAUUAGAUUUCUAUAAUGCGCGCGGAGUCGUUCUCACACGACAAGUUUAGGUUUUGGUGGACGUCAAUUGAAGUGUUUCAUUAACAGAAUCGGGUCAUGUACCUAAGGAAUGGCAUGGAAAAGCCUUGAGUUUCUUGUUACAUAUCUAUGAAACUUAUAGGAAAUACAUUGAAUUUACCACUCCUAGAGCGCAGCAAUUUCAAGGAAAUAUCCGGCCACACAACAUCGUGAAAACUGAAUCAGAUCAUAAUAGCCAUUCCGAGGUUGAGGAAAAAACUGGGUCGAGUUGGCAUUGCAGUGCAUUGUGGGAUUGUUUUGGGAAACUGCAAGAAAGAAAUAGACGUCAGUUUGGAAAGAUGUCUCCUAAAGGCCGGUUUAGACGGUACGAUUUCCGCCUACAUCUAUCGUAUACAACACGCUCCCGUCUGUCGUAGGCGAGUUGUAGGCUUGAUUUACACGCUACGUCUCGAGUUGUAGGAUGGCGCGAGCGUGUUGUAUACGAUAGUUGUAGGCGGAAAUCGUACCGUCUAAAUCGGCCUUAAAGACAGUACUACUUUGCACUGCGAUACCAAGUUUUUUACUCAACCUCGGAAUCACUGAGAGCGCAAAUUCCCCUAGUCUCCCUCGCAUCCAUUUUUAGUGUCGGUCGUCACGCAACUCGAAAAAUAGCAUUUUCCGAGUACCAAUUAGUAAUACUGACCUGCCAUUUCAAAAUAUGCCAAAAGUUAGCUAAAUUUGUUCUACUUGAUACAGGCCAUGGAUGCUUUAAAUGUUAGAGUUGCUUGAUAUAUGUUUUCACAUCUUUUACUUACACAUGCGUUCGCAUAAUUUCCAAAGUCUAUUUGGUUUGAUGAUUAAGAUGUAAAUAUAACGAAUUUUAAAAAAUAAAUAAAAUAUGCUAUUAUCUAA